AGGGGAAGAGGAAGGAGAGGGGGCUGAGGGGGUCUCUCUCCUCCCCACUCCUCUCCCUCAGGGCUUAGGUUUAGGCUGGAUUGGGGUGGGGAUCCUGGCAGUGAAAUGGGGCGCUGGGCAAAAGUUCCUCCAGCCUCGUGAAGAUUCCCCUCCCCGCAAGUUCAGCUCUCCAUCCAGACGGUGCAGAGGCCUUCGGGGGGAGCCUGGAUGCCAACAAGGGGGAGAUGUAAAUCCAGAUGGAGCACUCUGAAGUCAGAAGCCAAAUACAGCAGCCACAGCCUUGGGGGAAGCUGAUCCGGUUGGGGGCUGAGGAAGCAGAGCCCCACCUUUUAUUGCUGAAGAAAGAGUGGACGAUUGGGAGGAAAAAGGGUUGUGACUUGUCCUUCCCUGGCAACAAACUGGUGUCUGGAGAUCACUGUAAAAUAAGAGUGGAUGAAGAAUCUGGUCAAGUAUCAUUGGAGGACACCAGCACUAAUGGAACGGUUAUUAAUAAACAGAAGGUGGUGAAGAAGCAGAUUUGUCCAUUGCAGACUGGAGAUGUGAUCUAUGUUGUUUACAGGAAAAAUGAGCCAGAAAACAAUGUUGCAUAUCUUUAUGAAUCCUUAAACCCAAAACAGGACCCAGCCAAUGAGCUAGUAGAAGCCACCGUCGAAAGCAUGUGCCAUGUGACCAAAGAUACCUCAAGUACCGGGCAAAGCGAUGAUGGGACCUCAAUGGCAUUGCCGCUGUCGGCCAGCCAGGCUAGCUACGACGAACCGCGGCCAUCCACUUCCACAUCAAACCUCUUUAACGCUGCUUCUACCUCUCUCGCUGAGUCAGCUUCCACUGAGCAGGAUAAUCCCUCAACAUCUGGGUCACAAUUGCACGCCUUCAUUCCUGCCCCUUCUUUGCCUACCCUGGAACCAUGUGGUCUGGAAGCAUCACUUAAAUGCAAGCAGCCAAAUGUAAAUACUGAAACUUCUGACACUUCUUCAGGGGACAAAGAGAAAAUGGCGUCAGCUAUACCUGAGCUGAAAAGCAGGGAUGAAGAGGAAGCCUUGGAGCCAGCUAGGAAGAAACUAAAAGCAGGUGGCGAUGCCAGCUCGUAUCUUCAGGUGAUUACUCCAAAUGAAUGUGCAAUUAAAACAGGGCCCAAAGACACCAAGUCAUCCAACGUGAAGCCAGACAAAAUGGAAGAAACACUCACCUGCAUCAUCUGUCAGGAAUUGCUGCAUGACUGCGUCAGCCUGCAGCCAUGCAUGCACACUUUCUGCGCCGCUUGUUACUCAGGAUGGAUGGAACGCUCCUCUCUCUGUCCCACUUGCCGCUGCCCAGUGGAACGCAUCUGUAAAAAUCAUAUUUUGAACAACUUGGUGGAAGCUUAUCUCAUCCAGCACCCAGAUAAGUGCCGUAACGAAGAGGAUGUGCGAAGUAUGGAUGCCCGGAACAAAAUCACUCAAGACAUGCUUCAGCCAAAGGUGCGAAGGUCCUUUUCGGAUGAAGAAGGAAGUUCCGAAGAUUUGCUGGAACUGUCUGAUGUAGACAGCGAAUCCUCUGAUAUUAGUCAGCCAUACAUCGUGUGCCGACACUGUCCAGGAUAUCGUCGGCAAUCGGUUAUGGCUGUUGCCUCCCCAGGCCAGGAAGGAGAAACAGAAGCACGGCAGGCACCAGGGGAUGCACCGUCUACCUCUGCCAACUUUCCAACAGCUGUCCAGGAGUAUGUGUGUCCUUCUCAAGGAAGCCACGUGAUAUGCACUUGCUGUUUCCAGCCGAUGCCAGACCGCAGAGCAGAGCGUGAACAAAAUCCACAUAUCGCCCCUCAGCAAUGCACCAUCUGUCUCCAACCCUUCUGUCACUUGUACUGGGGCUGCAGUCGAGUAGCGUGUUUUGGCUGCUUGGCACCGUUCUGUGAAAUAAACCUUGGUGACAAGUGUUUAGAUGGCGUCCUUAACGGCAAUAACUAUGAAUCGGAAAUUUUAAAGGAUUACCUGGCAUCCAGGGGUUUGACAUGGAAAAACAUGUUAAACGAAAGUCUCCUAGCUCUUCAAAGAGGAGUUUUUAUUUUACCAGAUUAUCGAAUUACUGGAGAAACAGUGCUCUGUUACUGUUGUGGUCUCCGCAGCUUCCGAGAGCUUGCUUAUCAGUACAGGCAGAAUAUUCCUGUUGCUGAAUUGCCAGUGGCUGUCACGUCACGCCCUGACUGCUAUUGGGGGCGCAACUGCCGGACUCAGGUCAAAGCACACCAUGCUAUGAAAUUCAAUCACAUCUGUGAACAAACACGAUUCAAAAACUGAAGGUGUUUGGGGCAUUUAACUCGUCUGAAUACUCGCAGCCUGUAAGAAGGGAGAGGGAAUUAAACUUGAAAUGCUGACCCUACAGUAAUUGUUCCCUCAUAGCAGGGAGUUGGUAACUCUUUUUAUAUCAAGUACUCUGAUGUGAUAUUUUUUAAUUUGUAAAACGUUUUGCAGCUUAUCAGCAGGUCAGUGUUUUUUUUUUUUCUUUUAAAAGGGACAAUGGAACAAGCAAUUUAUUCAUGAUUAGCCUGCCCGAUUCAUCAUGUUUUUGACUUACAAUGUCAUCAGUGGAUUGAAGGGUUCUCAUGGCAUUGAAUAAACUUAAGGGAGAUUUACACUGUGUGGCAGUAACUGCACUGUGACAAUAUAUUGAGACCUAUUUUUUGUGGCAUCAAGAGUGAAGUAGGGGCACCUGGUUAGGUGCAAAAAAUUCCUAGGCAAGAAGUAAGCUUCUCCUUGACUCAUAGUCUAGCAGUGCUACUUAUCCACUCCACCCAAGUGGUGCAGUGCUUUGGACUGUGUCUAUAUGGUCUUGCUAAGGGGAUUGGUUGCAUGACCCAUCAAUCAACAUGGCUGUCAUAAAGAUCAUUGCUUGAUUCAGCCUGGCAUAGCAAGUUGUUACUGGAACCUUGGGAUGCCCUGCCCUCUUUUACACUUGGUCCUAACGGAGGGCUGCAAUAGCCAAUCAAUGCAGUCAGAAUGUAUCCCUUUCAUUAGCAGUGAUGGGAUAAGUUGGGGUAAUCAUUUUUUUCUUUUCUGUUUUGUUGGCUCUUUUGCUUUCCUAGACUCCCUGGGGCCCUGCUUCCCUUCUUUGUCCAUUAGGUAUUUUUGCUUCUUGGACUUGAGACUAGAGUCAAUAGCCAAACAGUCCAUCUUCUUGUUUUUAUAUUCACUGUGCUUUGAGAUCAAAAGAAGAUGCUGUCAUCUUGAGAGCCAUGAACUUCCUUUUACAAAGCAAAUGUAUUUAAUGAUUUUUUUUUAAAAAAAACAGCUAUUAAAGGAGAAGGUGCGGUCAUAUUUUAGAGCAACCCAAUUCUUGCUAACAUUUGCUUCCCUCUACUCAUAGCCCAGCUACGCUAGAAAUUCGUUUGUUCUUCCUUAAUCAGACAAUAAAGCAAUCUCAAGGGUGUUGCAUGUAAUAGGAAUGAUCCAAUCAAAGUUAAGCACUUUUAGGUGCCAUUGCUGUCAAUAGAUCUUAAAAGUUCCUGAUGUUUAUCAAGUUCUGUCCAUAUUCUUAUGUUACCCAAGUUCUUUUCUGUAAACAAAGGAACAAGUGAUUUAUUAUUUUUUUGCGUCUGCUCAUAUGAUAGCCAUUAUGGAAUCACCAUCUUAUUCUAAGCCAGGUGUGGAGAACUUUGGCCCUGCAGAUGUUGCUGAACUACAACACCCAUCAUCCCUGCCAUUGGCCAUUGGGACUAAGGGGAGUUGCAAUUCAGUAAGAUCUAGAGGGCCAAAGGUUCCCCACACAUGUUCUAAGCCAGCCUUUCCCAACUAGUGGGCCACCAGAUGUUGUUGGACCACAAUUCCCAUCUUUCCUGGCCAUUGGCAAUGCUGGCUGAGGCUGAUGGGAGUUGUGGUCCAACAACAUCUGGUGGCCCACUAGUUGGGAAAGGCUUUUUUAAGCAUUUGUAAGCUCUCCUUUUGACUUAGCCUAGCAUAGUAGUACAAAUCACUUGCUAAAUAGGAAUUACCUUUGAAAUUAUCUGUGCAUGAAUACAUUUCUACUUUGCUAAUUGUCCUGUAGAUUGUAACAGUAGACCAAGGCAGCCUUGUAGGGGGGUAGGAUGUAGGAAUAAGUUGCCUCCCCCCCCCUUUUCUGGAAUUAUGUUGCUAAAUUAGCAAUACACUAAACAAUGUUUUUCAUUGUACAUUUUUACAACACAGAUUACUUAAAUAAAAAAAACAGCAGCAAUAUGCUGUCAUACUCAAUAAUAAUGCCAGGAGCCCAGUCUUCCUUUUGUAGUAAUAAAGGGCAUAUGCAACUCAUUAAUCUCCCAUACCCUAAAACAGUAAUGUAGGAAGUGACCCAAAGAGAAAGCCAGCAGGCUGAUCCAGAAUGUAAAUACCUGUCCUAGUGUCCUUUAAGGAUGAAGAUAUUAUGAAAGGAUUGGCCACUUCUAAGCGUGUUAACUUCACUCCUGGCUUUAAAAAAUGUAGAGCUUCCAAAGUGUUCUGGUGUAGCCUGUUUACUAACCACAUCCAACCCAAUUGGUUCUGAUGGUCCUAAUAGAAAACUUUUUUUUCAAAAACAAAACACAAUAAGCUGCUGCUCACUGUAGCCAUAGACCAUUUUUAAGUGGAGCGUACUUGAACCUUAAUGCAAUCGAUGUCUGGACACUCCAGACUGCAUCUGAAACAUGACUUGGUAGAAUUAAAGCUGGGUUCAUUUUCUGAGGACCAGUUCACCCCUUCUUAUUAGUGCUGUGGGAGCCAAUUCCUUGUACCCACUUCCCACACUGUUCCUCUAAUGUUGACUUGGAAGAAGCAGGUGAGCAGAGUGGGAAGAACCUGUACAAAUGCUAUGUUGAUCGACCUCAGUGUGGCCUGUGAUACUUGUUAGGUCCUUCUCGGGUAAAUCCACCUCUCCUAUGUCUUUCUUCCGUUCCACCAUGGGAAUAGCCAUUGAGAAGUGUGUAAGUGUGAAUCAGUUUCCCAAGCCCAUACUAUAUAGUGAUGUCAGUUCCUGAAAGAAUGUUCACCAUGUGCUGCAGAGGUUGGAAAGAGCAAAGGGGAAUACUGCAGUGUGUGAGAAAUGUUACCUGUUAGGAAUCCGAAUUAACUGCUGGAUUUUAUUCUAGAAGAAAAUGGGGAAGAUAAUGUCAGGCAUACGCAGGACACAGCAUAAUGCUUUUAGCUGGUUAUAGUUGUCAUUGUAGCCUAAAUUCAGGGCCUCUCUAAAUAUCACAUUUAAUAACUGUUGUUGAUGAGCACAAAUUUGGCAACUAUAUCCAAUGGAGGAUUAGAAGCAGCUCACUCCCAUGCACGUAGAUUGGUAUUUAAAUAUAAACAUAAAUGUAAGUUUGUGGCAUAGUCCUUGCUUAGCAGGAUUCCCAACUCAUCUAAAACUUACACAGGUGAUCGAUAGACAAAUAUGCAAUAUUAUAAAUUGUCUAAUAGCACAAUUGCACAUCUGCAUAUCUGUAUUGCUGUACUUGUUAGAAAAGAAGUCUGUAUUGGUAAUGCUUUACUGGGCCAUGUAUCCUUUCAGGUUGCAGCUGAUAAUGUUCAUGUCUGAAUGCUUCUCCCAAAUCACAAACACUAGCAUGUCAUGGAGCAGAGGGUUAACUUUGUCUUCCAGCAAUGUUAGUUGCCUUUAUAAAGGGAAUUUUUGCUUUUUCUGUGGGAAAAUUCUCAAACAUGCAGCCCUCUCCCUGAAGCCCAAAUGGUACAGCCCAGGAAAGGACUUAAAUCAGGCAAAUUUCAAAAUCCCGUAUAAAAUUCAUUUAAACUCGUGGGAUAUUACUCCCAGAGUAGCGAAUUCGCAAUCAGUGGGCUAGUUACUAACAUUUAGAGAUGUGAGCAUAUGAGAUUAGGGACGAAAUGUGUAUGUGCAAUCUGUAUGUCCUACAACUUGCAUCUGUAAAGGUUUUGCAACAACAAUGGGUGGCUCUGGCUUUAAAAUGCCUGUUGUGUUCUAUAAAAUAAAUAUUAUGGAACAGUCUAUAUUCUAGUUAUAUCUUUGUACUGUACAGGGAAAAAAAGCUGGUCUGGAAUAAUCCUUGAAAUUUGCAAAUGGAAAAUUUACAUUUAGUUUCACUUCUAAUGCUCGAGUUCUGUUGUGUUUUUAAAGCUUUGGAAGAACAGCUUAAAUGAAUCUUCUUAGGCUGACCAUUUCCAGCUGCUUAGUCUGUUUCACCUCAGGCUGUGCAUGUGAGCAAUUUUUUUGCAUAUGUGGAAAAAGGAGCCCAUUGCACAUUGCAUCCAGAGCUUGCAUUGGCAUUCUGUUGCUUCUUCUUGUAUUCUGGAGUGGCUUCCCGCAGACAUUUUCUGCUUUAUUGCUGGACAGGCUGAAAUUUUUGGGCAGAUUUUUUUUAAAAAGUUGUGCUUUACACUUAUAAUGGUUCAUAUGCUUGUUUUUGUGUACAUUGGUACCAUGAGUAAAAGGAAAUAAGAAACAAUUGGCUGUGCUGCCCGUCAGAACUACCUGUACAUCAGAGGGCUGUGAAUUUGAUACCGCUGCCCUCCUCCUUUAAAUAUAUAUAUAAAAGUAUAAAAAAGAUUAAAUCUACUUUUUCUAUGCAUUAGCUUGAAGUAUUGCAGUGGGAUGAAAAGGGGAUUUUGUGUGUAUGUUGUAUCUUUUUCAAAAGUGAAAAUAUUAAUUUUGCCAAUGUUGGUGGGGCUGGAUUGAUGUUUUAUCUUUAAUAUGCUCUUCAAGUGUUGAAGAGCACCAUUGUCCAUGGGUAUUACAUACUCUUACAUGUUUUAGUCCUUUUUUAAAAAAAACAAAAUGUAUGGUUUGGGCAGGUGAUAUUUUUUAGUUAAUGUGUUAACUCCUUAAACUUGAUGUUUAAAAACUGUAAAUUGUUUGGCAUAAAUUAACCUCUCUAAAUGCAGGCUUCACUGUCCUCCCCCUCUAUGUGAGGGAUAGAGAAACACUGGGAGUUGGAGAUAGUCUGUUCUUAGAUGUUGUACAAAACAGGGAGGAUUAAGUUGUUGCUGAAUAAAGCCCAGUCACCUUCUCCAGGAUCUUCUAUAAAGAAGGUGGGCACAUAGUUCUUCCAACUUUUGGAGGUAAUAUCAACGAUUAAAAAGUUUAUUCAUGGAAA